AAUUUAAUUAGUAAUGAGGACUAUUAUUUUUUUGGGCCAGGUUUGUUGAAUAUGAUAUGCCGGAGCAGUCGAGUCGAGUACUUGGACAGGUUCAUAGUCUGUUAUCCUAAUUUUGAAAAUGGCAAAUGAGCAAUUUGAUACAAAAAGCAAGCAUAGCAUACCAACUUACAAAUUUCUACAAGAUCGAUAGGCAAAUUCAAGACUAGAGGGAAGAAUAAAAGAGAUGCUAUGGGCAAGGAAGUCGCAUAGUCUUGUAGAUUAUACACAUCUGCUUGAACCUUGCAUACAAUCUAAGUGGCUAUCUCAAGGAAAGCUAAUUCAUCAAAAUCUCCUUAAGCAUCAUAUUGCAAAGAAUAAUGAUACCCAUUUUAGGCUAGUCAUAGAAAAACUCAUGCAUUUGUAUUUAGUGUGUAAUGAGGAUCAAUAUGCACGCCACCUGUUCGAUAAAAGUCCCCAGAGGCCAAGAAAAGUCGUUAUAUGGAAUAUGUUGAUAAGGGCAUAUGCUUGGAAUGGACCCUUUACUGAAGCUAUUAAUUUGUACUAUAAAAUGCUUGAAUUGGGUAUCCAGCCCUCUAAAUAUACUUACCCCUUUGUUCUUAAAGCAUGUUCUGCUCUUCAAGCAAUUGAAGAAGGUAAAGAGAUUCAUAUUCAUGCUAAAAGACUUGAUCUUGAUUCUGAUGUUUAUGUUUCUACUGCUGUGGUCGAUAUGUAUGCGAAAUGUGGGUGUUUAGAUGAUGCAGAAAUGGUAUUUAGUGGCAUGCCUUAUAGAGAUGUUGUUGCUUGGAAUUCUAUGAUUGCCGGGUUUUCUUUGCAUAGGGUGUGUUAUAAUGAGACAAUACAAUUGCUUGCCCAAAUGCAAAAGGAUUUAGUAAGACCAAAUUCUUCAACAAUUGUGGCAGUUCUUCCUGCAGUUGCUCAAGCUAAUGCUUUGAGCCAUGGGAAGGCACUCCAUGGUUUUUGUGUAAGAAGGGGUUACAUUGAUGAUGUGGUGGUUGCAACUGGGCUUUUGGAUAUGUAUGGAAAAUGCCAGUGUAUAAUUUAUGCUAGAAAUUUUUUUGACAUGAUGAGCAUUGUUAGGAAUGAAGUCACUUGGAGUGCUAUGCUCGGUGCGUAUGUUAUGUGUGAGUUAAUGAGGGAAGCUUUGGAUUUAUUUCAGUACAUGAUGAGGAUAAAGGAUGCUGCUGUGAAGAGUCCGACAGAAGUCACUCUUGCUACUGUACUUCGAGCUUGUGCAGAGUUAACUGAUGUGAGUAGAGGGAGAUGCAUACACUGUUACACAAUUAAAUCAGGGUUUAUUUCGGAUUUAAUGUUGGGAAAUACUCUACUUUCAACAUAUGCAAAGUGCGGCACUGUCAGUGACGCUAUAAGGUAUUUUCAUGAAAUGGAACUCAAAGAUGAAGUUUCAUACAGUGCUAUUAUUUCAGGAUGCAUGCAGAAUGGUAAUGCAAAAGAGGCUUUGUCUAUGUUCCAUAGGAUGCGAUUGUCUGGUAUGGAUCCAGAAUUGGCAACCAUGGUAGGAAUCCUGCCAGCUUGUGCUCAUUUGGCUGCUCUACAGCAUGGUUCUUGCUGCCAUUCUUAUGCACUCAUCAAGGGCUUUACAUCUGAAAUCACAAUUUGUAAUGCUCUCAUUGACAUGUAUGCAAAAUGUGGAAGGAUUGAUACUGCUAGGAAUGUUUUUGAUAGGAUGCAUAAGCGGGAUAUUGUGUCAUGGAAUGCAAUGAUAAUUGCUUAUGGAAAUCAUGGGCUAGGCAUGGAAGCACUAUUGUUGUUUGAUAACAUGCUGGCAGAUGGUUUAGAGCCAGAUGAUGUGACUUUCAUUUGUCUCUUAUCUGCUUGCAGCCAUUCAGGACUUGUCAAAGAAGGUAAACGAUGGUUUAAUACCAUGAGUCAAGAUUUUGCCAUUAUUCCUAGGAUGGAGCAUUACAUAUGCAUGACUGAUCUGUUGAGCCGAGCAGGGCGAUUUGAAGAGGUCAAAAAUUUUAUUGAGCAGAUGCCAUUGGAGCCUGAUGUUCGUAUUUGGAGUGCCCUGCUUGCUGCUUGCAGAGUCCAUAAGAAUGUUGAACUUGGGGAAGAAGUGGCACAGAAGAUCCAGAAGCUAGGAUAUGAAAGUACAGGAAAUUAUGUUCUUUUGUCAAAUAUGUACAGUGCUGUUGGGAGAUGGGAUGAGGCAGCGCAGGUUAGAAUCACUCAGAGGGAUCAAGGCUUUAAGAAAAGUCCUGGGUGCAGUUGGAUUGAGAUAGGUGGGGUUGUUCAUGCAUUCACUGGUGGAGAUAGGUCGCACCCACAAUCACCUAAGAUAAAUGAAAAACUUAAUGAACUAUUAGUGGAAAUGAAAAGGUUAGGCUACCAUUGGGAAUCUAGCUAUGUUCUUCAAGACGUUGAAGAAGAGGAGAAGGAACAAAUCCUCCUUUAUCAUAGUGAAAAACUGGCUAUUGCAUUUGGCAUUCUUAGUCUGGGCCCCAAUAAGCCCAUCUUAGUGACUAAGAAUUUGCGAGUUUGUGGUGAUUGCCACACUGUUAUAAAGCUUAUCUCUCUGAUUACCAAGAGAAAUAUUACAGUUAGAGAUGCAAGUCGAUUCCAUCAUUUCACAAAUGGAAUUUGCAAUUGCAGAGAUUUCUGGUAAGGAUGAGGAUGCAGAUUCUACUGGAUGGGGCCUACAGUUAAUCUCAUGAAGCCUUGCUUUCACCUUGCUGGCUAUGCAAUUAUUGUUUUACAUCAGAACUGAUCAAGAUCGCUGCAGAAUCUGGAAACUAGGAGGUACAUCGAAAUCGAGAAACAAUAAGUCUUCUUUCACUUCAUUUCCUCAGGAGUUGAUGGAGAGAGGCAUUUUUAUAUUGGGCUACUUAUGCGUCUGCGCCCACACACUUUCACAAUGCUGUCUUCAUUUUUUCGAGUCCUAUAUUCCCUGCCUAAUCUUAUUCAAAAAUACUCCCCAAUGAGAGAAGCAGACAAACAUAGAGAAUUAGACAGAGAGCAUCUGAGAAUCUUUUCCUUCUUCGUGUUAUGCAACAAAUACAAGAAAGAAAAAAGAGAGCUUCCAGAGAAAUGGACGCUAAUACAGAACUUUUGAACAUUAGUCUCUCUGAGAACUUUCUCACAAACAAAACAAAGAAAUUAGUUUGGUUUUCCCAAAUUCAAAAAUAGAUGUUCUCCACCACCAUCCCUUUCCCAUUUACUUCUCCAUUCUCUGUCGUGUUGAAUUCAUCAUAUCUUAGGCUGAACUGAGUGAUCCUUACUAUUAGGAAACAUCUCUUAUUUCCGCUACCAAUUGAUGUUGGAAAAACAAAAAUAAAUUGAAGAUCAGGAAGUUUAUAUUUAAAUCUUCUGUUCUGCUCAGAAUCAAAUGAAUUUGAAGUCCAUUUCAUGGUUUCCUUUGUAUAUGAAUGAUUGAAUUAUCAUAUCUGGUGUGUUAUAAAAGUUAAUAUCUGAAAUUCAUUUCAAA